AUGAAGAGAGGUGAUGUGAUUGAGGUCUCUUCUGAUGAAGAAGGCUUCAAAGGCUCAUGGUUCAAAGCCAUUCUCGAAGAUCCUCUUCCUAAAUUCGGAAACAAAAAGCUCAACGUGUCUUUGCUAGCCGGUGAUGGUUCAACUACACUGAAAACCACUUACCGGAGAUUUCUCCGGCCGGUUCCGCCGGAAAGUCUGUUCACGGCGGUGGAGUUUGAGGAAGGAUGUGUGGUGGAGGCGUCUCGGGGAGGUGGGUGGUGGACUGGUGUGGUUGUGAAGAAGAUAAACAAUGAGGAAGUUUGGGUUUACUUUCAUUCACCGCCAGAUCUGUUUCAGUUCAAGACAGGACAGCUCAGACAACACUUUGACUGGGUCAAACAAGAAUGGGUCAGACCAAGAAACAAGGUUUUUCUGAGUAAGAAGUCAACGUUUAGUUGUGGGACCAUGGUGGAAGUGAAAGUCACUGAUGGUGAUGUUGUUGAUGUGUGGGUACCAUCAGUGAUUGUUAAGGAGAUGGUAAAUAGGAAGAGUUUUGUUGUCAAGCCUUUGAAAUACAUUAGCUGGAAUUAUGAAGGUGAAGAACCAAAACCAAACAGAACCGUUGGUUUAAGCAGCAUUAGGCUCACACCACCAACUGUUUCUGUUGAAAGAAGCUAUGUAUUGAUGGAAUCUGUUGAAGUGUUUAUUGAUCCGGGAUGGCGUCCAGGGACGGUGACAAGUGUUCACUGUGAUGAACGGUACACUGUGUGUUUAAAGGCUACAGAUCAGUCUUUUAUGGUCAAACACGAUGCUAUAAGACUUUCAGAGGAAUCAAUAGCCAAACUGGUCUCGCAAAAUACUAGUGAAGUAAAUGCUACCAAUACUCAAACGUCAGUGAGCUUGGGAGAAAAUGGAGAUAAAGAGGUGCCUGAGGAACACAACAGAGAAGAUGACAGUCGUAAGAGGAAAAGAGGAGAAGUAGAACACAAUCCAGUCCUCAGUGAGUCUGCUGCAACUGAAUCAGUUUCAUCUCUAAAUGCGACAACACUGAAUCAAACAGAGGCUGGAACUGAAGAAAUCUCUGUACAGCCGGAGAGCAGCGAAGAAGUUAACAACAAUAUGAAAAGAGUUGUUUUGCCAUUUGCUAAGGAGUCAACGCUUUGGAAGCAACUUGAAACAAUGGAAGUCUUCAAGAGAGCACCGCCACAAACUCCUCAUUUCAGGCCAUUGGCUGGGGAAAGUGAAGUGUUCCGUGAAGGUCAGGCUCUUGGUAUGAUCCUCACUUUUUCCAAGUUGCUGGAGAGCUUUAAAGAUCUUGAACCUGACGUUCCCAUUAGCCAACUAGAUAGCUUCAGAGUGUCCUUCGCCAAGCUAGAGAAACAUGGUUUCGAUGUUUUAGGGCCAAUGGCACGGAUUAACAAGCUGUGUGCUCUUAAGGAUAAACAAUUAAAGGCAAUGGAGGAGGAAAACGGUUUAAAGAGACAGAUGAUGGCUCUGAAACACAAGAUUGUUGAGUUGGAGAGGCGACAAGUGGCUCUGAAAGAGCAGACUGAAACGGCAUACCAUAAUCUAUCUGAGAUGGAGUCAUGUGCGAGAGAUCGUGGCUUAGUGCUUGAGAAUCUUGAGUCUGAGUUUAAAGCAACUUCAUCUACUCCCUGGGGAGAAGCCUAAGCAAGAAGGAACAAGAGUGCAAGGAAAGUGUAGAUCAAGAUCAGAGUCCACUAUCUAUUUUUUUUUCAGUUCUUUUAGUCAAACAAACUUUUGUGGCAAAAACAUGUGAGAACCCAAUUGUUCUUACAACAGGAUCAUCAAAAAUGAAGCUAGCUAACUGUUUAGUAAACUAAAAUGCGUUUGUUAUUAAUCAUUUCUUG